CUCUCUGUCUCUCUCUCAUCCAUUCCCUCGCUCUCUCUUGGGAGGCGCCCCAGAGCUCCUGAAGAGUUGUUACGAAUUGAAAAGCACACUUUUCAAGCACGCUUUUCAACCCACACUUGCUUUUCACCGAGUAGAACCUGACAGCCUCAAAUCAACCAAGACCUCAGGGAUCUGUACUGGACAUCUCGCAGUGGCGUCAUGUUGGUCCGGAGCAAGAAACCCACCCCCGUGCACAAUGAACAGCGACCGAUAGAAUCCAAGACGCAAGAUCCUCUGAGGAAUUUGGGGGUACUGGAUGACGAGGACGUUCUCACGAUGAUGCAAGGCUCCAACAUGACGAAGGUGCGCUCCCAGAGGUGGCAGAAGAGCCGUAGCCUGAGGCUGCUGGAGGACGGGGUCACGGUGUUUGUCGAGUCCACCAAGAGCUCCAGGAAGGCCAAGGCCCAGCAGACGUUCUCGGUGACGGAAGUGGAAUGUGUGCGUGAGGGCUGUCAGUCUGAGGCUUUGCGGAGGCUGUCUGGUUCGGUGCCAGAGAGCCAGUGCUUCACCUUGAUCUUCAAAGGAGCCAGGAAGAGUCUGGACCUGCGGUGUCUCUGUGAGGAGGAGGCCCGUCGCUGGGUCCGGGGGAUCCGCACCUUGAAGGAGCGGGUGUCCAACAUGACACAGAAGGAGAAACUGGACCACUGGAUCCGUGGGUACCUGAGGCGGGCAGAUCAAAACCAGGAUGGAAAGAUGAGCUACGAUGAGGUCAAAACACUGCUCCAGAUGAUCAACAUAGACCUGAGUGAACAGUAUGCCCUCUCCUUAUUCAAGAAGUGCGACCGGUCAUGCGAUGGUCGUCUCGACCACGUGGAAAUCGAGGAGUUCUGCCGGGAGCUGAUGCGGCGGCCAGAGCUGGACUCUGUGUUCAGACACUACUCAGGGAACGGCUAUAUGCUCUCCACUGCAGAGCUGAGGGAUUUUCUGGGAGACCAAGGAGAGGAUGCUUCAUUGGUCCAUGCUAAGAGCCUCAUAUUGACCUAUGAGCUCAACGAUUGGGCCCAGAAUAACCAGUUGAUGACUCAGAAUGGCUUCACCAUGUAUAUGCUGUCCAAGGAAAAUGAUGUGUUCAACCCUGACCAUGCCAGAGUCUAUCAGAAUAUGACCCAUCCUAUGGCACAUUAUUUUAUCUCCACCUCUCACAACACAUACCUCACCAAGGACCAGGUGACAGGUGACAGCAGCACAGAGCCAUACAUCAGAGCCCUAAAUCAAGGCUGUCGUUGUGUUGAGCUGGACUGCUGGGACGGUGACAAAGGAGAGCCGGUUAUCUACCACGGACACACGUUAACCUCGAAAGUGCCUUUUAAGAUGGUGAUAGAGACUAUAGCCCAGUACGCCUUUAAGGCCUCCCCCUAUCCUCUCAUCCUUUCCCUGGAGAACCACUGUUCUGUGGAGCAGCAGUUGGUUAUGGCUCGACACCUGCGCACCAUUUUGGGCAGACAUCUGCUUUCCAAGCCCCUCAGUGACCUGCCCCUGGAGGACCUGCCCUCUCCUGAGGAGCUUAAAUGUCGGAUUCUGAUCAAAGGGAAGAAAGAUACCCCUCACUUGGGACAGCUGGGGAAGACCAGCAGUUCGGCCAGCUUCUCUUCCAGCUCUGAGGAAGAACCUGCUGGCAGCAACAAGAAGGACCCUUCGAAGGCCAUGUCCUCUAAGAUGAGCCCGGAGCUGUCUGCCCUGGUGGUAUACUGCAGGAGUGUCUCAUUCCGUGGGUUUGAUCACUCAGCCCAGAAAUCACCCAAUGAGAUGUCCUCGUUCUCCGAGAGUGAGGCUCUGAAAUACAUCAAAGACUCAGGAAAACUGUUUGUCAGACACAACACCAGACAGCUGAGCCGGAUCUACCCCUCUGGCCAGCGCCUCCAAUCAUCCAACUACGACCCCCAGGAGAUGUGGAAUGGUGGUUGCCAGUUGGUGGCCCUGAAUUUCCAGACUCCCGGGGAGCAAAUGGACCUAAACCAGGGUCGCUUUCUGCCUAAUGGCCGGUGUGGUUACGUCCUCAAACCCAGCUUCCUGUGCAGCCCCACAACAACUUUCAACCCAGAAAUCACUGGAGGCGGCCCGGGACACAUCCCUACCCAGCUGACCAUACGGGUUAUAUCUGCACAGCAGCUACCUAAAAUCAACACCGACAAAGCCAGCUCUAUUGUGGACCCACAGGUGUGGGUGGAAAUUCAUGGCGUGGCCAUUGAUAAUGCUAGAGACAAAACCCAACGCAUUGACAACAAUGGAUUCAACCCUCGCUGGGACUGCACUCUGAGUUUCCAGCUGCAGGUCCCUGACCUGGCCCUGGUACGCUUCGUAGUGGAGGACCACGACCAUACAGGCAGAAACGACUUUGUGGGCCAGUUAACCUUGCCUUUCACCAGUCUCCGCACAGGUUAUCGCCAUGUCCACCUGCUUAAGGCAGAUGGCUCCAGUCUGUCCCCUGCCACCCUCUUCAUACACGUAAAGGUGUCCCGCAAAGGAGUCCCCAUCAAAAGCGUGUCUGAGCGUAUGGCUAUGGCCAAAGGCAAAGCAUGAGUGUGCUUCACCUGAAUUAGGGUUUUGGUUCACAGCCAACUGGUUCUAAAGAAGAUGACAAUCCUUCACAGGUGACAGGGGCCUGCUGCCACUUGUAGCCCAGUACUUACGUAAUGCACUCAAUCACAAGCCACUCCUGAUUCACAAAAUGGCCACUCCUCCUUCGAGAAAUGUUUAGGAAAUGUGUGUCUCAUUGUGGGAGUAUUCUGUUGCUUGAUGUCAGUGCUAUAUCAGUUGCUAAAUAUGACUGACUAAAGUAUUUCUUUUAUUAAGUGAAGACAUUUGACUUUUUACAACUAUUGAUACCUUUUAAUAUAAUUGAUGUACCUUUUAAUUUAUUAUUACUGAAAGCUCUUACAGUUCUCUAGUUAAGAAGUGUCAUGUUUAGUCAAGAGUCAUGAUUGAGUAAUCUAUGUUUAUGAUAUGUAAUGAUAGCGAGAUUGGUGUUGAUAAUAAUCUGAACUGACAUAGAACUUGUGAUUUAUAACUAAACUGUUACCAUUGUAUUGAAUACAACAAACACCAUUUUUGUUUAAAACUUUCAAUAGGGUCUCAUCUAUUUCUAAAUAAAUACAUGUAAUAAUGUAGUAAUGUACUGCAAUGUAGCCGAAGUCCAGUUUUGCAUGUUAGACCAAGUGUUACAUUAGUUGGAAAGUCUUAGAGGUAGUGUAUUAAAUCAUCAAUGUGUGAGCAUCCUUUUCUAUUUUUUUAAUUUUAUGAUGAACCCUAACCCAAGGUCAUUUUUAUAAAAUUGUUUUCCCUUGCUUUUUAUUGUAAUCUAGGUAAGCUAACCAUUUUAACUUGAAAAAGCUGCUUGUUUGUUGCUACUCUCGUGUAUAUUGCCUGCUGACCAUUUUGUCCUCUUUCACCCACAUUCUGUAGGUAUUGAACCUACAGAAUGCUCGGUAAGCAUUGGAAAUCUAGGUCAAUGUCAAAUCCAACCAAGCGCUUCUUAGCCCUAACACCACUGAGUUAAGUCCUCUCCAUCAAUAGAUGGUAUUUUACUGUUUUGUUGUAUAGCAAUAACGUGCCAAUACAGUAUUUAUUUUCCCAUGACUUAUGUGUAACUGGUGUGUAUCGACAGAAGAUGUUAACGAAAAUGAGAGGCAAGCUUGUUCAUGUUUUUAAUAAAAAUGAAUGUUCUAAA